AUGCAUCUGUUGAGAGGAUGGACCGUCUUUGGGUGUUUGCUCAUUGGGAGUGUACGGACCGCAGUGUUGCCAAUGCCUAUCGUUACACCGGCGCCUAGUCUUCCUGCUCAGUGGCUGGAGGAGAGACAGGAUCUCAAUCCUAUCGACCUUGCCAAAGCUCUUCUCACGGCAAUCCCUCUGUCCUUGCGACAAAUAGCCGCGACAAAUUUACCAGCUGUAUCAAGCAUCUUGUGGGACGAAUUUUUGGAUGACAAAAAGCCGCAAUGGUUUCAGGACUUGCCUUGGGAUGUACAGAGCUAUCUGAUUGUGCAGUUCGGACCGCAGACUGCGUGGCCUACUGCGUCUCCAACGACCGAUGGCUCGAGCAGUGAAGCGACGACGACGGCAACAACAAGUACGGACACAGCAUCAUCGUCGAGGAGUGAGUCGUCGGUAUCGACUCCCACCAGCUCUUCGACCUCUUCGACCUCUACAUCCUCUUCUCAUUCCUCCUCCACUCGUUCGCAGAGCUCGACUGCAAGCCCCUCGACAACCCCAAGCUCGACUUCGAACUCGACCUCCCCACCAGCCGGUACCUCUGGGCUUUCAAGAAACCAAAAGAUUUGGCUCGGGGUUGGCAUACCCCUCGGACUGCUUGCUAUCACCGCUCUCAUUCUUGGAUGUUGUUUCCUGUUGCGCCGUCACAAGCGCAAAGUCCCUGUCGAGGGUGACGAACCACCAUCAACGCCAGGAUUCAUUCCGCGCUUUGCCUUCCACGAAAGAGCGUCUGUUGAACACUUUGACCAUCGCGCGCCGCUGAACCCUGCUGUGGACCAGUCGAGCUAUGAUGACGAGAGCAUGAUGUGGGACGACGACGAUUUCGACGCGGCGCCCAUUAACCAAACACACGCAUCCCGGCCAACCUUGGCGAUGCAAGAUGCCACUCCGAUCAUGGCCCCUGCGCUAUACCACACGCAUAGCUCUAAUCGUGCACGAGGAAAACGUACAAGCUAUACGAGCCUGCACUCUGUGGCCGAAGUGACGGAACCGGACGAGGAAGCAAUUGCAGGGCGACGAGCAUUGGCGAGGCCCAAUCCACGCAAACCGAUGAAACUUGCUCUGCCACCCAUCCCAGCCGCAGCAACUCUCAGGCGAAAGUCUGCGUUGAUAAGCCCGAACGAUUAUACGCCGUACAGUCCCGCCGCGGAAGCCGCCUCGCAAUCUUUCCUGCGACCAUUGAUGUUGAAUACCGGGAGCAGUUCGAGCGGUCUCCUUUCGAGUCGACACACCAGUGUCUCUUCCGAGCCCGGAUAUUCGACCGACUUCUCGAGUCCAGCCGUUUCUCCGUCGUCGCCCAAGCACAACCAAUAUUCUUACGUCGAAGAUUACGGCCAAGAUUAUCAGAGCCCAUAUGUUGACGCUGAAAACGGGUUGUACGGGGGACACCGGAGCCUGAACGCAUACCCUGAGCCAGCACCGCGGAAAGCCUCAAGGACUGAGUGGCCGCUGAGAAAUGUGCUUGGGAUGGGAAAUGAGAGGAACAGAAGUGCUACAUGGGAUCGAGUGUACGAGGAGCCAUGAUCGAACGUAUAGUAAUGACCUGUUACGAUUUGUUUUUUUUGUUUGUACUCGGCAUCGUCCGAUGAUAGGCGUUGGGAAGGAUGAUACCAAGUGUGCUUUUUGCGCCUCAGGGUUUUGAAUGGCGAUUGUACAUAGCGCCUGCUUGCGCAAAUACCCUUCGAGAUAUACCAUUGUUUUAGCCAGAUAUACCCAAUUUACAAGUCGACAACGAAGUCGUUUGACAU